UCUCAAUUGCCUUUAAGAUUCUGUUCUAUCUACAAAAAUCUUGGGUCCACUUACCUUUACGCUUUUCCAAUAUCUUAAUUUCACAAACCCUAAAGUUGCACUCACUUUUCAUCGUAUUCCGAUCGAAUUAAAACCCUCCACCACAUCUUUUUGCUACCAGAAUCAUCAUUUUCUGCUUUCUUUUUCAUUCCAAUUGCUGUAUUUCAUCAAUUCUUGCUCUCGCAAGUUGAAAUCCUAACUGAAUUCGCGUUUUAGGGGUUUUUUAUUCUGCUAAUCGGAAGUGAAAUUGCUUCGAUUUUGUUCUCCGGAGGAGAAAUUUGGUUUAAUUUGUCGUUGAAUUUGCAUAUUUGGGGAGAAUUUUGAGUGAAGAAUUUGGGGAAUUUAGGGUUUUUGAGGAAUUAAUGCUGUUUUGAGUUGAUUAUUGGGAUCUGUAAGGGUAAGAGAAGAUGAAAAGAGGAAAAGAUGAAGAUAAGACUAUGGGGCCAAUGUUUCCAAGGCUUCAUGUGAAUGAUGCCGAUAAAGGAGGUCCGAGGGCACCUCCUAGGAAUAAAAUGGCUCUUUAUGAACAACUUAGCAUACCUUCGCAGAGGUUUAAUGGCGGGGUCGCUUCAUCUUCAAACAGGGCAACCGUGAAUGAAAGAAGUACACGUCAACAGUCGUCUUCUUUUCACCCAAUUAAGAAGCCUGAUACUCGCCAGUCUGAUCUCAACAAUCAACGUGUGCAACUAGAACAUAAAAAGAGACGAGAAGAAGAUGACUUUAGGGUCCCAAUAUUUGACCAACAAUCUGGAACAAAUCAAAACCGGAGCGUGAGUCAUCAAAAUAGAGAAAAUGAAGGUAGCACUCCUUUUGGUGCAUCCCUUUCAGGUCGUUUAGCAAACGUUCAUAACGCUAAAUCGCACAAUAACAAAUUUCAAAAGGAGAACUCACAAGGUUUUGCUAGAUCUGCCUCAAAUCAAUCGUCUCGACAAAACGUUAAAGCUCCAUUGAAGGAGACUAACGAAUCUUCGAGUUUUAACCUACGAAACGCUUCGAAUAGCAGGAACUUACGGGAUUAUCGAGUUGACUCGCAAGCAGAUAACACGUUGUGGGGGGUUAGUCUCUUGAAUGAAGCAUCUAAAGCUAGCGGUUAUGGAAAUAAUUCGGUCCCAUUACGGGAAAUUCAAGAAGAAGCUUUACGAAGCCCGGAUGAUCCAACCAAUGGUGAUGCUGUUUCGGAGAAUUCAAUGGUUGAAUCGAUUUGUGGAGUUGAUAUUUCUCCUGAUGAUGUUGUCGGGAUUAUCGGUCAAAAACACUUUUGGAAAGCAAGAAGAGCUAUUGUCAACCAACAAAGAGUAUUUGCUAUUCAAGUGUUCGAACUGCACAGAUUGAUUAAGGUUCAGAGAUUAAUUGCGGAGUCACCUCAGCUUUUGGUCGACGAACACGGGUAUGUGGCAAAACCGCCGAAAGUUUCUCCAAUCAAGAAACUUCCUCUCGAGUAUGUUAUGAAACCUACUGUGAAUAUUCCUAAGCACAAGAACGACAUUGAGAAACCAAAUGAUGACAUGGAGUUCUCAUCCGAGAAUGCUGUCGGGAAGGCGUCUCUAUCAACCGUGCAAAAUGGCGGGACCCCGUUGCCACCAUCCGACCAAAAUAUGGGCCCUUGGAAUUUUAACGCGCCACCUGGACACCAAUGGUUGAUUCCGGUUAUGUCUCCGUCUGAAGGAGUUGUUUACAAACCCUACUCCGCUCCUGGGUUCAUGAGCCCCGCUUAUGGCGGUUGUGGACCGCCUGGAUCCAUGCCCGUGAUCGGACCGAAUUUUGCAAACUAUGGUGCUCCACCUCAUCAUCAUAAUCCUUACGAAGGGUUCCCCGGGGUUAACCCCUUCAAUCCUCCACUUCCCUCUAGCCAUGGCUACUUCCCUGCUUACGGUAUGCAAAUGGCUAACCCAUCUAUCUCAAGCUCCACCAGGUUCGAUCAAUCCAACCCCCACAACCAAGGCUCGACUAACGUUCCAGUUGAGAAAACCGGACCCACGGUUCCAAAGGCAGUCAGGCUUAAUAACAAUAACCACAACAACAAAAACAAUAAUAAUGUUUCUAAAGAUACCGAGGCACAGGCCAGUACAGCAAGCAGUCGAAGCGAUAGAACAAAAGACCGGAAUGCCCUUCCUCUAUUUCCAACCUCUCCUCCGGCACCUGCUCCGGCUCCGGCUCCGGCUCCGGCUCCUGAACCAGCUCGAGUCGAAGCGGCGGGUCCUCGUGUUAUUAAAGUUGUACCUCAUAACGCAUGGUCAGCAACUGCAUCUGUAGCGCGUAUUUUCAAGUCUAUACAAGAAGAAAGGAAGCAGUAUGGUUCUGGCUAGCUUGCCUUUGUGUCCUGAAGGUGUAUUCCUGUUUGUACUUUGUACUUCUGUGAUUGUAACCUUUUCCUGUAUGUCUUGAUUUAUUGAAUACCACUAGGAAGUGUGUGUGUGUAUAUAUAUAUAUAUGCAAAGAUUAUGAUGCAAUGCAAAUCAAAGCUUAAGCAUAUAAACUAGUCUUUUUUGUAUUAUGAACUAUUUUUUUAAUAAAAUCAUUAAUGUGGCA